UAUAAGCACUACAGCAGUCUCUGCCCGGCAGGCGGACUGAGCAGAUGCACAGGGUCUCACAUAGGGAUGAGAGCGCACAGCUUAAUGCUCCAACUGGAAUUUCUGGAUAAAUAACAUCUGAAAAGACAGAAGAAAGGAAUAUACUGUUUUCUAUAAGAUAUCACCAUGACCCAGAACCUAGAUCUUAACACCAGCUGGGUGGGGGGACCAAACCCAUCUAAUUUCUCAAGAUUGCAGGAAAACCCUGUGACCCACCAGAACAUCACCUAUGUUGACUUCUACCUCCACAAGCCAUCUGUGGCUGCAAUCUUCACCGUCUCCUACCUGUUCAUAUUCCUGGUGUGCAUGGUGGGCAACGGCGUGGUGUGUUUCAUUGUGCUGCGCAGCAAGAACAUGCGUACGGUCACCAACCUGUUUAUUCUCAACCUCGCCAUCAGUGACCUGCUGGUUGGCAUCUUCUGCAUGCCAACCACGCUGGUGGACAACAUCAUAACAGGAUGGCCAUUUGGUAGCAUAGUGUGUAAGCUAAGCGGUAUGGUUCAAGGAAUUUCCGUGUCAGCAUCUGUCUUUACUCUAGUGGCAAUUGCUGUUGACAGGUUCCGCUGCAUUGUCUACCCUUUCAAGCAGAAGCUGACCAUCGCCACCUCAAAGCUAAUUAUCCUCAUUAUAUGGGUCCUAGCUGUGUCCAUUAUGUGUCCCUCUGGGGUCAUGCUCCAAGUCACAAAGGAGCAGAGAGUGCGAAUUGUCCUUGGUAGCAACAACACUCGCCCCUUCUACUGGUGUAGGGAAAAUUGGCCCAAUCAGGAAAUGAGGAAAAUCUACACCACCGUCCUGUUUGCCAACAUCUACCUCGCUCCUCUCAGCCUUAUCGUCAUCAUGUAUGCCCGCAUUGGCUUCACCCUCUCCAAGACAGCUAUUCUUCAGGUGAGGGGCAGUGGAAGUAUGUCUGAACAGGGUGGAGACAACAGCAAAUCUAGCAUGGAGGGUCGUCACACAAUUUUGAAGAAAAAGAAUCGGGUGAUAAUGAUGCUUCUGGUUGUAGCUCUGCUCUUCAUCUUAUCCUGGCUCCCUCUGUGGACGCUGAUGAUGCUGAGCGACUACACCAGCCUGACAGAACACCAAUAUCGUGUUAUUAACAUCUACGUGUAUCCCUUAGCUCACUGGUUGGCCUUCUUCAACAGCAGUGUCAACCCAAUCAUCUAUGGGUUCUUCAACGAGAAUUUUCGUAAAGGCUUUCAAGCUGCUUUCAAAUUCCAGCUGUGCUGUGAGAGCAAUGGGCACCAGAAGACCUACUCGUACCGAAUCCGAGGGAAUGCUGUACUCCCGGUCCAGCCUGCUGUCCUCAGUAGAUCAGGCUCAAGAGCCAGUUCAGUGUUAAGGAAGAAUGGGAAGUGCUCAUGUCAGGAAGGAGGGAGCUUGGCUGCUAAAAGUCAUAUCAAAGAACAGGACCUGAUCAUGGAGGACCUGGAAAUGGUGUCUCAGAUUUAGACAGAAUGAGACACUGCAUGAACACUUCCAGAGGACCUGAGGCUGCUGGUAGAUUAUGUAUUGCAUUUCUAAGACAAUGAAAAACAGGCAUCAGAAAUACAUGAAUGUACUAUAUGUGUAUAUUUGCUCCAAGUGAAUGUCAGCCUAUUCUCAUCCCCAGGUUGCCAAAUACCAAUGCUUUGUCAUGUUCCACAGUGUGUGAUAUUGACGCCAAAGGCACCCAUUAGCAUCUUGAUGAGACGCGUAAGGCUUUCAGUGAUCUCUGUAAACCAAUCUGCAUCAGCAAUGCUUGAUGCUGAAGGCAACUGAUGUAGUAUAAGGAGUGAGAAAGUUCACGUUAUCUGGGAGUGGAUGGGUCACACAAAAACAUGACUUUCAUCCAGGAGAACGCAGUUUGUGUUGCCCACUGAUGUCACUCGUGUUACGUUAUGUGACAAAGCAUCUGUAUUUAACGACUUGGAAAAGAGAAUGGAAGAUGUAUAUACAACUAAUUUGAAAAAGCAAAUACAGGAAUAUGCCUGUAUUGAUGGGAUCUAAUUGCCAAAGAUUUUUCAUAUUUCCAAACUUUAUUUUACACCAUAUCAAUGA